GGAAAAGACCUCUGAGAUAAUCAAUCCCAUUCCAGUGGCUGGCCACCCUUUCUGUGAAGAAAUUCUUCUGCUGUCCAAGCUGAAACACAACCCCCAGCACAGCCCGUGUCAGUGGCCUCUCAUCCUGUCACUUAUUGCCCGGGAGAAGAGACCAGCCCUCACCUGGCUGCAGUCUCAUUUUAGGUGGACCAAAAGCUCUGAGCCUUUUUAUGCAGGCUAAACAACCCCAGCUCCCUCAGCCCCUUCUCACAGGACUUGUGCUCCAGAUCCUUCACCAACUCCAUUGCCCUUCUCUGGACUCUGGUCUGUGCAAGGCAGGUCAUGGAUGGCUCUGUUCUGACUAGGUUUUGCAGGACAAGUGUUGUACAAAAAUGUUCUUUGUCAAAAUAGCUAUAGUGGUUACGUGGUUCCUGGAAGAGGCCUUAAAUUGCCUCGUAUUUUUUAUAUUAAAAAAAAAAAAUCAGGUUUUUGCAUCAGUGUAAGGUGCUCUUGCUGUUCAUUUAUUCUUACCCUCCUCUCUUCCUUUUACAUGAAUGUUCAUCCAGCUCCCCAAUGUACCGCUCUAGGGAGCUGAGCUGAGGGAGUAGCAUCUCUCAGCAUCACUGACCACAGACUGCUGCUGUCUGCCUUGCUUCCCUUUCUGCCCUGGCUGCAGUUUCUUAUCCCUGGUCAUGCCCUGCUUAUGCAGUCCCUAGAGCUUUUGCUGAGCCAUCUACAAGAAAUUAAAUCAGGGUAUGGUUGUCUAUAUGGUGAGUUGCAUGAGCCAGUUCAGGAACAGAGCACAUUGACUGUUCUCACUGAUUCAGAGGAGGAGGUGGGGAGAAUAUUAAUUUGUGGAUACAUAGGUUAGCGCUAUCGUAAUAAAACUGCCAAAGUUAUUUUUUUUCCCCCAAUUCAGUCUUAAAACAGGUCAGUUACUCAGAGUGAUGCAUCAAGUGCCUGAGAAACCACUUGUACAGUCACAGUUGAAGGGGCAUAAUAAAGGAGUGAAGAGAAACUGAAGGAAGCAUUACAUGCCUUACUGAUCAGAAAACUUUCUGAAGUAUUUGGGCAAACUACAUAUCUAGGUAGUAAAAUCUACAAAGGUUGAAGGUGUGGAGAGCAUGGGUUAUGAUAUUGAGCGCUUUGUGGGCUAUGUUAACGAGGGGCUGUUGUGCUCCAUCUGCCGAGAUGUGUUAGAAGAUCCACUGCAGGCUCCUUGCGAACAUGCUUUCUGCAGUGCCUGUAUCCAUGGGUGGCUUGUUCAUCACAGUAACUGCCCUGAAGACAGACAAGUGAUUGAUGUGUCUUUGCUACGACCUCUCUACAGAUAUAUGAAAAAUGAUUUAAACCGUCUUCAGCUACAUUGCAGAAACAGAGAGUAUGGCUGCGAAAUGGUUUGUUCUCUGGAGUCUAUAGACAGGCAUGAAAAGGAGUGUGAGUACAGUCAGAUACCUUGCUCCAAUGCUGGCUGUACCGUGCAGAUCGAGCGGCGGAACCUGGACGGGCACCUGGCGGUGUGCGAGUACCGGAGCCGGGAGUGCCCCAACGGCUGCGGCUACACCGUCCUCAGCGCAGAGGACACGCAGCACAACUGUGUGGCCGAGCUAAGGACCGAGCUGGAGCUGCUUCGGUCAGAAAUUAUCUGCAGAGUGGAGGAGGCAAAACAUGAGAUGGAGUCAAGGUUAGAUUCACAGAGAAGGCAUAUGGUCCAAAAAGAGAGUAUUCUGCAAAAUGAAAUUGAAGAACUAAAGAGUCAGAUGUCACGAAUGAUGUCAGAUGUACGGUCUCUGGUGGCUGCGGAGAGACGGCACCGUCAGGAGCUGGAGCAGGCAGAGCUGGAAAAACGGGAGUUAAUGGAGCUGCUGAAGGGGCUGCAGAAGGACUGCAGAUUGACUACUACAGAGGGAAGCAGGAAGUCAAAUUUCCGUCCUUUGACACGACUAGAGAGUUUUGUGGAUGAGUGGCUGCAGGAGAGAGGCCAUGACUACCUGCAGUUAGUGAAGCAAUAGCUGAAAAUUGCAGUUAGUGUAGCAAUAGUGGAUAUGUAGCAACAAUAUCAUGUCCUUGGGUAAGCUAGUUCCUAGCAGCAGAACAGACAGCAAAAAGAUAAGCAUAAUCAGACAUGGAAAGUCCCCAAGGGGAAACAAAGCAAGCAUAGAAAGUUCCCAAAGGCGGGGUUGACCCCUUUAGAUACACCAAUAAGGAGCUUAGCUUUUGCAAUAUGUAUGAGCUUCAUUAUAACAGGUCUAAUUGUACAUGCAUAAUUGGAAUAAACUGAGACUUUUUGAUCUCUAUAGAAUGUA